AUGAGGAUUCAGUCCCUAAAUUUACUGCGAACGGCAGCGUAUGCUCGCCUCUCAGUACCUCGGCCAAUUGGAUGUCAUGCAACAAAAUGCGCUUCCCGGUGGUCGUCGACUUCGACUGCUGCAAGUUCGGAACGGCAAUGGUCGACGCCUCUUGCAAAGACGCUGGCUGAAGCCAUUACCACGACUGGACCGAUUUCUGUAGCGGCAUAUAUGCGCCAGUGCCUCACGCAUCCCGAAGGUGGCUACUACACUAGGCAGACGACGAGCGGACAGGAUCAAUUUGGAACCAAGGGCGACUUUGUAACCUCACCCGAAAUCAGUCAAAUAUUUGGCGAGUUGAUUGGUAUAUGGAUCUACGCCGAAUGGCUAGCACAGGGUAGGAAGGACAAGGUCCAAAUUAUGGAGGUUGGCCCUGGACGAGGAACGUUGAUGGAUGAUGUUCUCAGGACACUUUCGAGCUUCAAGGCGUUCACAAAGAGCAUUGAAGCCAUCUAUCUCAUCGAAGCGUCGCCCUAUUUGCAGAAACAGCAGGCAAAAUUGCUUUCUGGGACUGAAGAUCUGACAAAGAGCGAUAUUGGCCUGACUGCAACUUGCAAGUAUAUUCCAGGCUGCAAGAUUGAGUGGUGUGAGGAUAUCCGACUUGUGCCGAAGGAGGCCACAGCGACCCCCUUCAUACUCGCCCAUGAGUUCUUCGAUGCACUCCCUAUACAUGUUUUUCAAAAUGUAGCACAGUCUUCUAUACCGGCUUCGUCAACAAUCAUGACACCAACCGGCCCCAUAAAACCAAAGCACGGCGUAACAGCCCCCAAGAAUAACUGGCAUGAGCUUGUUGUAUCGCCGACCUCUCCUUACACAGAAGCGAACACAUCAGGCUCUCCGACAUCGAAGAAAGAUGCAGAAAAGCUAGAUUUUGAGCUGACUGUGUCAAAAACGCCAACACCACAUUCACUGUACUUGCCUAAGCUGUCCAAUCGUUACAAGAAGCUGGAAGAUACCCCAGGCGCAGUCAUUGAGAUUUCACCGGAAUCGCUUGCAUACAUCUCCGACUUUGCUGUGAGAAUUGGCGGUAGUAAUUCCAAGGCCGGCACUGCUUCAGCGCCAGCCAAAGAGUCUGAUGUACUGCCCAAAGACGAGGAAUCAUUCACAAAAUCGCAGCCUUCCGGAGCCGCUCUCAUUCUUGACUACGGCCCACUAGAUACGAUUCCUGCAAACACACUUCGUGGCAUUCGAUCGCACACGACCGUCUCACCUUUUGCAGCACCAGGCCUUGUGGAUCUUUCGGCGGAUGUAGACUUUAUUGGUCUAGCAGAUUCUGCUUUGGAAGCCUCUCCUGGCGUGGAGGUCCAUGGCCCUGUUGAGCAAUCCUUCUUCUUGUCAACCAUGGGGAUCAAAGAACGAGCUGAUCGCUUGCUCAAGGCAGCAAAGGAUGAGGAAACGAAGAAACGGCUAGAGAUGGGGUGGAAACGGCUUGUGGACAGAGGCCCGAAUGGUAUGGGUAAAACGUACAAGGCCAUGGCCAUUGUGCCGUACAAAAAGCAGGGUCCGGUCCGAAGACCGAUUGGAUUUGGUGGAGACGUGGUUGUAUGA